AUGCCGGAUACCUCCUUCGUGACCAAGGGUCCGGAAGGGCUGAUUGGAGGCUAUCAAGGAGACAACGUUGCUAUCAAAGUGGCCAUGGGUAUUCUGGUGGCAAUAGUUCUCUAUAAUGCCGUCGAACUCAGCGUGCUUAUCUUCCUGACUUUUCGUCGCUAUCACGGACUCUACUUUUGGUCUCUCACGCUAUCUACCACUUUGGGGCUUAUUCCCAGUGGCCUGGGCAACCUGUUGCAUUUCUUCAAUAUCGGUCCUCUAUGGCUGUCGCUGAGCCUCUCAAACUUCGGAUUCUACUUUAUGAUCCCUGGACAGUCCUUUGUGCUCUACUCCCGACUCCACUUGGUUCUUUACAACCAACAAGUCCUACGAUUCAUCCUUUGCGUGAUUAUCGUUAACACCCUGCUCAUCGCCGUUCCCACAUCUGUCACCACUUUCGGAACUGCAUUCGUGAGAACACACGCCUGGAACAAUGCUUAUACAGUCGUGGAGCGGUUGCAGGUGACCUGGUUUUGCGUUCAAGAAUUCCUGAUAUCUUUCCUCUACAUUCAUGAGACCGCCAAACUAUUGCAGCUAAGCCCAAACGACACUCGCCGGAAGACCAUCAUGUACGAACUGAUUGCUAUAAACAUCCUCAUCAUCCUCAUGGACGUUGCUAUUGUGACGGUCGAGUUCCUUGGUCUCUACUACCUACAGGUCCUUUUAAAAGCCGCUAUCUACAGCAUCAAGCUCAAGCUCGAGUUUGCUGUCCUUGGGAGAUUGACGGCGAUCGUGGAUACGUCUCGCCCGAACUUUUCAGGGAGCGGUAGUGACUACUUUCUAGGCCAGGCCUACCCAGCACCACAGAAUGCAAUUGAAUCGUCCACAGAAACCUCACAGGGAGACAGAGCAACUCUUUCGCCUACCCACACCCGCAGGAAAAUCAAGCAGCCCAUGUCCAACAUCAAUGCGUGA